CCCCUCACCCAAUUCUGUCGUCAUAAUUGUGUUGAACUCCCUUCACAAUCCUCUGCACUCUUUGCAUCCAUUCCUGCGAUAAUCACCACCAAAUUACCCGGCGUUUCCGCUCUACUCUCGUCCUAAAAAUAACGGACUCUUCUCUCGUGCCACUCUGCUGCUCUGCACCCCCUUACCGCCCGCCGGCGCCAGCACGCACGCAGCAACGCAGUUAGACUUAUUCUCGGGAGUGGACACCACGAUUGCUGUGGCACUGACCCGCCUCUCCACUGAGUCCACCCAUUCCGAAGCGCUCCCUGCCAAUCGUAAGCCCGCAGGCAGACCUUAGCUCUUCAGAUCAACGUGCAGGAACAACAACCGGGCCCCCUUUCCAGCUUCUACCCUGUCUCGCCUGCCUGUCGCAAAGCACAUACCUGCCCUGCACCUGCCUGCACCUGCACCCUUUACCACUCACUCUCCUCCCUGGGCGACAAACGGCAUUUUCACUACUCACUCGCUCACUUACUCCCAACUACUCACUCUACUUUCUCCUGUCGCAAACAUUCCAACAACAACAACAACAUCACCACCAUCACCAUCAUAUCGACAUCUCACUCAAUAGCAAAUAUGUCUUCCGAAACGAAGCCCACCAUGCCGUAUAAUACUCGAAGGAAAUCGUUGUCAUUGCCUUCGCUCGGUAUCCAUCUCCCCGUUACGCAUGCUGCUAGAGCCGCCGCACGACUUUCACCGCCUACAGCCGGCCCAAAUUCUGAACAUCCUCCGUCCAAAAAAUUAAAGCGGUCGCAUGAGGACUCAAUGCCCAUGUCACCUCCUCCAAAACGAACUUCAAUUAAAUACGAAAACACCCCACCGCCGUCCCCCGAAGCUGAAUCGCAUGAGCUCGAUGCCGAUACCAAGCCAAGAGAGAUCAGUCUGGAAGGAAUAAACGACGAGAUUGUAGAGAACGUGAUUGUUUUGUUGCAGAAAACCGGAAAUAGACCACACUUGGUAAAGGAAUUGGCUGCGAUACUUUCGCAAAAGGUCAGAAUAGUAGAGCAGUAAGUUUCCAAUUUCCUCUUGUUGAUUUCUGCACCAAGCUUACGGAAUGCGCAGAUCUGCGAACCCAUCAGCAAUCAUCUCUUCACGACUUGCGUCGUAUCUGAAGCGAUCAUGGACGGCGUCAGCACCUUGUCCUGUGGCGAAAGAAUUGGAAACAGUUCAUCCACGAAGAACGUACUUUUACUUGACGACAUAUCCACAUCAACCAAUUCCUGAUCCCUCAAAUGUACAAUUUCCACAGAGAUCGUUUAUCACGCCUUCACUAUCGAGUGCUGCCUCGAGAAGCGAUGAAAACGACGCCGAGCGAAGGCGAGAACUAUCGCCAUCUCCAGAAGUGGACCUUUCCUCGACCGAGUUCGAUGACGAUGAUAUUAUUUCGCCACCUACACCCACGGGUUCUUUCUCUGGCCGACCCGAUGUCGCGAUUCGAAAUAAUCGCGCCUCAUCGCCGCCACUUGAGAAAGAUGAGAAGGAGUUUACCCAGACCGCUCGAGGAAUGCAGAAAAGGAAAUUCAGUGGGGAUGAAAAUAUGAGUGGCGUGCCAUCAGACAUGGCAGAUCACCCAAUGAAGAGCUCAGAAACGGAUGUGCUAUUUGGAAUGCAUCCUUCGUUUCCAGGAAUGGGGAAAAGUUUCCACGCUGCAGAAUUCAGCAGCCCCGCCAUGAAACCUCAUCUGUCAAUCAAUGUCCUGAAGCGGGGCUUCGAGGAGACGAGUGAUACAUGGGCCCGUCUUGAGGGUGCCAUGGAGUGGGAUAUGAGAAGUCCCGAACACAUCGAGUUGGACGAGUUGGAAGGGAUGCUUGACGAUUUUUAA